GUGUGAUUCCUCGGGUAGAUAAUAAGACACAAGACGCGCUGCUCCACCUUGUGCUUCACCCCGCCCCCGCCCGAAGGCAGCAUCUGCCAGCAGCAACCGUAUACAGAGAGAGAGAGAGAGAGAGCUUCACGACUCCGGUCGGCCGUCAGCUCGAUUCGCCUUCCCCCCCACCUCCCCCGCCCUCCGAUGACGGGGCGUCCGUGGGCGGGCGCGCCGCCGCCGCCUCUUCCUCUCGCCGUCGCCGUGGGCGUCGCGGCGCUGCUGUCCUGCUGCUGCUGCUGCUGCUGCCAGGGCGCGUCGGCGACGGCGGCGGCGUCGUUCGGCGACAACUUCGAGAUCACGGGCGCCGAGGACCACGUGAAGACCUCCGCCGACGGGCAGACCUGGUACCUAUACCUCGACAACAAGACAGGCGUCGGGUUCCAGACGAAGCAGCGCUACCUGUUCGGCUGGUUCAGCAUGAAGCUGAAGCUGGUGGGCAACGACUCCGCGGGCGUCGUCACCGCCUACUACAUGUGCUCCGACCUGGACGCGGCGCCCCUGCGCGACGAGCUGGACUUCGAGUUCCUGGGCAACCGCAGCGGGGAGCCCUACAUCAUCCAGACCAACGUGUACCACAGCGGCGUCGGCGGCCGGGAGAUGCGCCACUCGCUCUGGUUCGACCCCACCGCCGACUUCCACACCUACGCCAUCCUCUGGAACCCCAAGCAGAUCGUGUUCUUCGUGGACAAGGUGGCGAUCCGGGUGUACCCGAACGACGCGUCCAAACCGCCGGGCGGAGGAGGCGGCGGCGACGGCUUCUUCCCGAUCGCCAAGCCCAUGUACAUCUUUUCCAGCAUCUGGAACGCGGACGACUGGGCGACGCGCGGCGGGCUGGAGAAGACGGACUGGGCCAAGGCGCCCUUCGUGUCGUCCUACCGCGACUUCGCCGCCGACGCCUGCGCCUGGCCGCCGCCGGCCGCGGGGGUCGCCCCGUCCCCGCCGACGCCCGCGUGCGCCGCGGCCACGGGGGACAGCUGGUGGGACCAGCCCCCCGCGUGGGCGCUGGACGCCGGCCAGCGCCUGGACAACGCCUGGGUGGCAAGGAACCUCCUCGUCUACGACUACUGCGACGACCGCAAGCGCUUCCCGACGCCGCCCGAGGAGUGCAAGCUCCGGCCCGCCGCGACCGCAUCGUGAUCAUACUAUACUGUUGGAUUGGUUCGUGCAUGAUGAUGAGAUGGUUUUUUUUUUGGGGUUUGUUUCUUGGUGCGUAAAACCGGGCUGAUUGUUGGGGGUGGGGGAUGGAGAAAGGCCGUAUUAUGCGUACAUUGUGUGUGGGCGCAUGGACAGUCCGGACCGAUGGUUGUGGCGUUGGAACGGACCAUGUCGGCCAUUCUUUUGUUACGAGGAAACGAGGAAUGGAUUCAGUUUUGUACCACC